AUGAGCGGAGCAUGUUUAGGUUAUGGAAAUUUGGUGCCGGUCACUGUCGAAGGCAGGAUCUUUUGCAUUGGCUUCGGUCUGCUUGGCAUUCCACUGAUCUUGAUCGCCGUCACCGACCUGGGAAAGUUCCUUGGCGAGAACAUCAUCGACCUCUACUGCAAGUACCUGCAGUUCGUGAAGCGGUACAACUGCAAGUGCUGCCGUGUCGGAGGGAGGUCGGCGGCGGACAAGGGCGGCGACGGCGAGAGGUUCCUCGUGUCGGAACCGACCGACGAUCAGAGCCAGAGUCUGCUUCUGCAAGAAUUACAGAAACUAGGACUCGAGGGCUACGUCGACAUCCCGGCCUCGCUGGUUUUCGCGAUUUUGCUCAGCUACAUAGCCCUAGGAGCGCUACUGUUGAGAUGGAUCGAGAGGUGGUCGUUCUUCGACGCCUUCUACUUCUCGUUCAUCACCAUGACCACGGACGCUCGUUACACGUUCAUCAACGUCAGCGGCAAGCUGCUGCCUCUGAACGAACUGCUGAAGUACGCGUCCGCGUUGCAACGCAGGUCGACCGUCACCGAAACGCUGCGCGAGUACUCCGAGGGCCAGUUCAGGUCCAUGUACUUUUUUCCGGGGGCGUACACGCCGCGCGACAUCAAGCGCAUUAGAUACAUUGAUUUUGCGACCAGCUCCGAAAUCCUGCUUAGGGAUCAGUACUCUCGUUGGGAAAGAGAUCACGAAGUGUCAAGGCAUACGUUGACCACCUAG